AUGGCAGGAGAUAAGCUGGAAUCGUCUGGUGAUGACAAGAAAAACAAGAUAGAUACAAGCUCUCCAUACUAUAUUCAUCCAUCGGAUUACCCCAAGCAGAUGCAGCAAGAGAUGAUGAAUUUCUUGCUGGAAAAGAACAAGAUGGGGUUUGUGGAUGGUAUAAUCGAGAAACCAGACGCAAAAUAUGCUAACAAGUCGUCUGAGAUUGGGCGCGAUCUAGAAGAACGGUACAAGAAAGAAGGAGCACCUCGAGCCUACGAAUUGAAACAAACCCUCAACGCCUUGCGGCAAGGUUGUGUAUCUGUUUCGACAUAUUAUACAAAGUUGAGUACUACUUGGGAUGAACUCCAAACCGUUCUUCCUAACCCUCGCUGCAAGUGUAAAGGGUGCCAUUGUGGGAUCGGAAAACGGCUCAACGAAGUAAAGGAGAAAGAGAGAUCCUACGGAUUUUUAAUGGGGUUAGACGAUGACUUUUAUGUGGUUCGAACUCAGAUUUUUGCCACGAAACCAACACCAUCGUUAAGCACUAUCUACCAUCUGGUAGUCGAAAGUGAACAACAGCGAGCCAUUACAGGCAAGUCCAAAAGAACUAGAGUAGAAGCUGUAGCGUUUCAAGCAGAUUACAACGGACAAAGAAGCUUCAGACAGACUCCAGUAAAGACGAACCCAAAACCGGUCAACAAGGUAAUCGAGAAAAACCCCAAGUCAGAAAACGAAAGAAUAAAAUAUGCUCUCACUGUCAGCGAGAAGGGCACAAUAAAGAAGGAUGUUUUAAACUGA